ACAAAGACCUGCAACACUACAGGACCACUUCACACCCAAAAUUAAAAAGAAAAAAAGAAAAAGAAAAAGCAAGCUUCUUCAACCUUGUUCUUGUUGGUGUUGGUAAUGGUGGUGUUCACUUUCUCUUGGUCAAGUGUGAAUGUUGAGUAGUGUAAAUGGGUAGCAUUAGUUAUGUGGAGUUUGUGGUUUUUAGUGUAUUGUGUAGCAUUGCUUGGUUGGGGGUUCUUUGUCAGGAGAAUGCAGCUGUUUACAUGGUUACUUUGAAACAGGCACCUACUUCUCAUUACCAUGGUGAUUUGCAGAGGAUUUGGGGCAGUGACCUUGGUUAUGAAGCAUCUGGGACUUUCAAAGUCCUCAACAGACCAAGGAAUGCUUUGCAAGACAAUGAAGGCUAUAGUUCAUAUUUGAUUCAGCUUCAAGAUUCUCUACUGAAAAGAACAUUGAAGGGGGAGAAUUAUCUUAAACUUUAUAGUUACCACUACUUGAUUAAUGGCUUCGCCGUUCUUAUCACCCCAACUCAGGCCGAUAAGCUAGCCAAGGCAGAAGAAGUGGCAAAUGUCGUUUUGGAUUUCUCUGUUAGGACAGCUACUACACAUACUCCCGAAUUCUUGGGUUUGCCGCAUGGAGCAUGGGCCAAAGAAGGGGGACCUGAGUUUGCUGGAGAGGGAGUUGUCAUCGGAUUUAUCGACACAGGGAUUGAUCCAAUGCAUCCCAGCUUCUCUGAUGAUCUUUCUUUCAACAUUUAUCCAAUUCCUGAGCAUUAUUCCGGUGCUUGUGAAGUUACCAAGGAUUUUCCAUCUGGGUCUUGUAACCGAAAACUUAUUGGAGCACGACAUUUUGCAGCUUCUGCCAUAACCAGAGGGAUUUUUAAUGUCUCUCGAGAUUAUGCAUCACCAUUCGAUGCUGAUGGUCAUGGAACGCACACAGCAUCAAUUGCAGCUGGUAAUCAUGGAAUUCCUGUCAUUGUGUCAGGAAAUCUCUUCGGAAAUGCAAGUGGAAUGGCACCUCAUGCACAUAUUGCUGUUUACAAGGCUCUAUACAAAGGCUUCGGAGGCUUUGCUGCUGAUGUUGUCGCUGCAAUUGACCAGGCUGCUCAAGAUGGUGUUGAUAUAUUAACUUUAUCGCUCACGCCAAACAGAAGACCUUCUGGACUUGCAACAUUUUUCAAUCCUAUGGACAUGUCAUUGCUUUCUGCUGUAAAAGCUGGAAUAUUUGUUGUCCAAGCAGCUGGGAACACCGGACCUUCGCCAAAGAGCAUGGCUUCUUUCAGUCCAUGGAUUUUUACUGUUGGUGCCGCUUCUCAUGAUAGAGUAUACAAUAACUAUCUUAAACUUGGCAACAAUAUCACUAUUUCAGGUGUCGGACUUGCACCCGGAACAAAUGCCAUACACACACUGGUUUCUGCGAUUCAUGCGUUGAAGAAUGGUACAGUGGACACAAAUGAAAUGUAUGUGGGAGAAUGCCAAGAUCCAAGCGUUCUCAAUCAAGAUUUAAUCAAAGGAAAUCUCCUUAUUUGUAGCUACUCGAUCCGAUUUAUUCUUGGCCUUUCCUCAAUCAAGCAAGCUUCAGAAACAGCAAAGAGUGUCGGUGCAGCUGGCAUUAUCUUCUAUAUGGAUCCUUUCUUCUCUGGCUUUCCACUUAAUCCGACGCCCAUGGAUAUGCCAGGCCUCAUAAUACCAUCUCCCGACGAAUGCAAGACAUUUCUUAGAUACUACAAUAGCAGCUUGGUGAGAGAAGAAGUUUCAAACUCAGUAAUCAAGUUUAUAGGUGUUGGUAAAAUACUGGGAGGCCUGGAAGCUAACUUCAAUAAUUCAGCACCGAAAGUAAUGUAUUAUUCAGCUCGAGGACCAGACCCACAGGAUAGUUCACUAGCUAACGCUGAUAUAAUGAAGCCUAACUUGAUCGCCCCCGGACAUCUCAUAUGGGGUGCUUGGAGUUCUGCAGCCGCAGAUUCUUCUGAAUUCAAAGGUGAGAACUUUGCUAUGAUCUCCGGUACAAGCAUGGCUGCUCCGCACAUUGCUGGUCUUGCUGCACUUGUCAAACAAAAGUUUCCAAGUUUUAGUCCAUCAGCCAUCAGCUCUGCAUUAUCUACAACUGCUACUCUCUAUGACAAUAAAGGCGGUUCAAUAAUGGCACAGCGUGCUUAUGGCAACUCUGAUUCGACACAAUCACCUGCGACACCAUUUGAUAUGGGCAGCGGUUUUGUUAAUGCAACUGCCGCAUUGGACCCUGGGCUGAUCUUUGAUGCUAGUUACAAUGAUUAUAUUUCCUUCCUUUGCGGCAUCAAUGGUUCUAGUGCUAUCCUCAAGAAUUACACCGGCAAUCACUGUGACAACAUCGCCAUGAAUGGCGCAGACCUCAACUUACCUUCAAUUACAAUAGCAUUACUCAAUCAUUCGCGAACAAUUACUCGAACUGUCACCAACAUUGCUUACAAUGAAACAUACAUUGUAACUUGGAGUUCUCCAUUCGGAGUUUCUCUUUCGGUAACACCCACUAGAUUUUCCGUCAUGGCCGGGCAGAAACAGAAUUUGAUGUUCACUCUAAGUGCAAUGAUGAACAGCUCUUCUGCCAGUUUCGGAAGAAUUGGUCUCUAUGGAAGCAAAGGACAUGUUUCUAUGAUUCUGUUAUCGGUCAUUUCGAAAAUUACUUAACAAUAUCAUAAGUUAACAGGAAAAAAGUUUGGUUUGUUCUUGUGCUUGUGUGGUUGUUUUGAGCUGAUUCUUUUUAUUCAUUUAUGUAAAUUUUUGAAGAAUAAUUUUGAACUGAGUGAUCUGUAAAAUUUUGAGGAUUGAACUUGCUUUUGCAGAAUGUUCAGUGU